AUGCAAGACAAAUUCCUUGAGACGCACCUCCCGCACCUGGGCAUCGGCCUAGCCGCCUUCGCGGCCCUAGCAACCUCGUCGUACCUUCUUCUCGGGCCGACGACGACGGUAACACCGUCACCGGGGAAAGAUAGACGCAAGACGGUGAAAUCCCCGAAAUGGACUGUCUUGCCGACCUUGUCGACGUUGGGCCGGGACGAGCUGCCGUACCCACCCGACAUACUUCCCGGCGCGAGGGAUGUUGCAACGCCGUACGGCAACCUGAGAGUAUAUGAGUGGGGACCGGAUGACGGAGAGAGAGUGCUACUGUUGCACGGUAUCGGGACGCCUGGUCUUGCGCUGGAGGGUACGGCGAUUGAGUUUGUGAAUAGGGGUUGGAGGGUUAUGACCUUCGACUUCUUCGGCAGGGGUUACUCGGACGCACCCGCAGACCUACCAUACGAUUCCCGCCUCUACGCAACACAAAUCCUCCUCGCGCUGGCAUCCUCACCCCUCCGAGGCUGGACAGGCAACGACGCAUUCCACCUGCUCGGCUACUCCCUAGGCGGCGCCGUCGCGGCAUCGUUCGCCUCGUCGCACCCUCACCUCAUCCGUUCGCUCACGCUCGUCGCUCCGGGCGGGCUAGUUCGCUCCGCGGCGCACGUAGGCUGGCGCAGCAGGCUCCUGUACAACUCGUCCGUCCUCCCUGAAUUCUUUAGACGAUGGGUCGUCACUCGACGGCUUACACCGGCUGGCCCGACCAAGACCGGCGACGUUCCUGAGAAAGAGACUGUGGACGACGGCGUGGACGUGGAGUGGGACGACAUCCGUCUUGUGGGGGGCGCGAGAAUCGGCGAUGUCGUGGCGUGGCAGAUUUCGAAUCACCCUGGUUAUGUGAGGAGUUACAUGUCCACCAUCCGCAAUGCGCCGAUCUACGAUCGGGGCGGGGAGGAGUGGAGCGUAUUGUCGGAGGUGUUGGAGGCGAGGAGGGAAGGCAAGGAGCCCGGGCUGCGGAAGGGUCGCGUGCUGUUUGUGCUUGGCGAGAGGGAUGAGAUUGUUGUUCCUGGGGAGACGGUAUGGGAUGCGAGGAGGGUGCUGGGGGAGGACGCGGUUGAGGUGUUGGUUUUGAAGGCCGGGCAUGAGGUUGGUGUCACGAGGGGGAGGGAUAUCGUUGGGGGUGUGAUUGGCGCUUGGGAGAGGGAGUAG